AUGAUAUCUUUGUUUGGUACUGCUUUAUGUAUGAACAUGUUGGCCGUGGAACAACAUUUGGCUACAAUGUGGGUAAAUGAUUAUGAAAACAAGUCAGUAAAAGUUGGUGUUAUUUUAAUGGCUGUUGUGGUAGGUUUUUAAGAUUUUAAAGUUUUUGUAUUUUCUAUUAGGUUCCGACAAAAAAAAACCGCUAUACUUUUUCUGUAAUUUUCUGUAAAAAGUGGCGGGUUCUUUAUGUCGGCAGUGAUAAAAUUAAAUUUUUUUUAAAUUAAAAAUUUAUUAAAGUAUUCGUUUCUAUUUAUGAAUGAAUGAAUUCGUUUAGAUACUACAAUGUGUACCAGCUGGAAUAUUUGUUCAAUGGUACUGUUUAAAAGAAGGCUUUGACAUUUAUAAGUCAAGGGAUACUUGUGUACCAGUGGAUACUGAAUGGUUAUUAGCACUAAUCGGAUUCUCGUUAUGUUUGGUCACGUGUGCUUUAUGUGCUUUGGUAAGAGUGAUAUCAUGUUUUACUUUUAAAAUUGCAACAAUAAUUGUUUAAAAGGUUCAAAUAGCAUCAUAAGUAGUUUUUUUAGUCGUAAACAGUUAAAUAUUAAUUUUGUUAGCAUAAAAUUUCAAAAUAAAAACUCUUUCAGUGGCUAGUCAUUUUACAUCGCUACAACAAGAAGAAGACCAAAAAGCGUCUACAGUUACAAAGUUUAAGUGCUCGUUAUCAACAAACUGAAAACGAAAAUACGAACAAGGCAAUCAAACCUUCUUUGGUCGGAUAUUUAUUACUCACAGUAAUUGGUUUUAUAUUGACAUUUUUUCGUGGAAUGUCGGUACAACGAUACGGAAGUUAUAAUAUCUACGACAGAAUUUUUACUAAUGUAAGUGGUGCAUUGGAAGUGGACAGAGUAGAAUAAGAAAAAAAGUUUUUUGAAGUUAACGGCAGGUGGGAGGGGGGGGAGGGAGGGGGGGAGGCACGUUUAAAAUUAAAAAAACGGUAAGAGCUGGGGGGGGGGGAAAGGCAAGUGUUAAAAUAUUUUUAAAAAGAAAAAUUUUUUAGUUAGGCUACAUGUUCAUCGACUGCUACGCGAUUUACCACAUGUUUUGUUUCAUGUACUAUAGUGAAGCGAUGCGUUUUGUAAUACGACAAGACUUUGGUCAUUUUGCUCGAGAUUCAUGUUCCAUACGCGAUAGUCACGUUGAUUAUCGAGAAGAAGCUUCAAAAACAACCGAAACAUAUUUUAGCCAAUUGAGACAGUCUUGGCUUUAA